CCUGCAACCAUUUUGUUUUUGUGGUUAUUAGUUUCUUCCAGUAAAUAACGUAUUUUAUUGUAGUUAUUAAUUAUAAUUUGUAAUUAAAAAGUGAUAAUGGCAAAACGCAAAACAGCCCUUAUUGACUCAGACUCUAGUAAUGAUUCAAAUAGUGAUUUGGAUUCGGAAUUUUUAAGUUUAGCAAAAAAAAAGAAUAAGAAAAAAAAGUCUAAGGACAGUACUGCCUACGAUUCAGACUCCUCAGGUGAAGAAACUGACAAACAGAAUGCAAAGAAACGUGCUAAAAGAGACUCAUCAAUUUCUCCGCAUGAAGAACCCAAAGAACAAGAAAAUAACUCGGAACCAGAAGAAGGCGAGGUUUCAGACAGUAGUAGUUCAGAAGAAGAGUUUAAUGAUGGAUAUGAUGAUCAGCUUAUGGGAGAUGAAGAAGAUAGAGCCCGAUUAGCUAGUCUUACAGAAAAAGAGAGAGAAACAGAAAUUUUUAAAAGGAUUGAGCAAAGAGAACUUAUGAAAACUAGGUUUGAAAUUGAAAGGAAAUUGCGACAGCAAAGAAAAUUGGAGAGAGCAAAAGAUAAAAAGCCACCAAAGGAAAAAAAAGAGAAACCGAAAAAAUCGCCCGAGGUACAAGAUGACUUUCAACAAUCUAGUGCACAAUUUAUAUCCAUAGAUCAUAAAGAAAGGAGCAAAGAACGAAAGAAAAACAUUGAGGAGAACAGAGGCAGACAAGAUAAAAGGGCCGAUGCAAUGGCUGAAUUGAAAGCAAGAAGGGAAGGAAAGCAGAAACGGGAAGAGCAGGAAAGUGCACGUAGAGAAGAGCAGAAAAAGAAAGAAGAAGAGGAAGCUGCCCUUCUUUCUCCAAAUAAAAACAGCAUUAAACUUAAAGCAUCAGAUAUUUAUUCAGACGACAGUGAAAGUGAAGGUGGACGUACUUCUCCCCAACCACAGCGUGAAAUUGCCAGUUCGACAAGAUCUCGGUCAUCGUCCAGUUCAAGUUCGAGCGAGAACGAACAAGAAGAAGAAGAAAAGAAACCUGCAUAUGUUCCUAGUAGGGAAGAGUUAAAUACAAUUAGACUUUCGAGGCAGAAAUUAGAACGGUUCGUUCAUUUGCCCUUCUUUGAUCGCAUAGCCAGAGGAUGUUUCAUUAAAAUAGGCAUUGGGCAACACAAUGGAAUGGCUGUUUAUAGAAUGGCAGAAAUCACAGGAGUGUACGAAACUGCUAAAGUGUAUCAAUUGGGCAAUACAAGAACAAACAAGGGUUUAAGAGUACGCCAUGGUACACAGGAACGGGUCUUUCGUUUGGAAUUCAUUUCAAAUCAAGAAUUCUCCGAUAACGAGUAUACGAAAUGGUUAGACGCCACCAGAGUAGCGGACUUACCGAUUCCAACAUUAGAAAGGGUAAAAGAAAAACAAUCAGACAUUAAAGAAGCACUCCAUUACGAAUUCAAUGAGCAGGACAUUGAAAAGAUUAUAAGAGAAAAGGAACGUUUUAAACCCACGCCUUACAAUUAUGCGAUGAAAAAGACGCAGUUAAUGAAAGAACGGGAUUCAGCCAUAAUGCGGGGCGACGACGAAGCUGCUAGGAGUCUGAAUAAAAAAAUUCAGGAACUAGAAGAGCGUGCAUCGGAACUAGACAAACUUAGAACUUCUACAAUUUCCAGCAUUUCAUACAUAAAUGACAGGAAUCGCAAAAGAAACGUGGAAGAAGCCGAAAAAGCGAUUUUAGAAGAAGUUAAGGCAUCCAAAGGAAAAAAGGCUGAUGAUCCAUUUACAAGAAGAUCUACAAAACCUCGCAUGUCAUUCAAAGCUGAAAAGGAAGAGGCACCGGAGCCGGAAGAAAUACCAGUGGAAGAGGAAAAACCGAAAGACAAAGUCGAAAACACUGAGCCGACAGCGCCCGUUCAAAUAACUCAAGACGAUCUAUUUUCAGCUCACGAUUUUGACAUUAAAAUCGAUCUGGAUGUUGCACUGCCAACAACUCCAGUAAGUGUGAUGCCAAGAGCUGCCGGAAGUAACGUAAUAGGACCCAGAAGAAGCUUAAAUUUACAGGAUUACAAGAAAAAAAGAGGUUUAAUUUAGUAUUUAAACUUUCUGAUUGUAAUGUAUUAUAAUUUUAAGUUUUAUAAU